UACCAAUGCCUGUCAAUGCGUCUCACCGUAGUGACGCUGUACGGCGUGUUCACCAACCACUACUCUGCGAAUGGCCCGUCUCGCUGUCUGCUGCUGGAGCUGCUGGAUAUCAGCGUGUCCGAGCUGCUGCUGCACUCCAGCAACCAGGGCUGCUCCAUGUGGAUGAUCCAGCAUUGCGCCCGAGACGUUCUCGAAGCCCUGGCUUUCCUGCACCACAAAGGCUACGUGCACGCAGACCUCAAGCCGCGCAACAUCCUGUGGAGUGCAGAGGAGGAGUGCUUUAAGCUCAUUGACUUUGGACUUAGCUUCAAAGAGGGGAAUCAGGAUGUGAAAUAUAUUCAAACAGACGGGUAUCGGGCUCCAGAGGCAGAACUGCAGAACUGCCUGGCGCAGGCAGGGCUCCAGAGUGAAACGGAGUGUACCUCUGCUGUGGAUCUGUGGAGUCUGGGAAUCGUUUUACUGGAAAUGUUCUCAGGAAUGAAACUGAAACAUACAGUCCAAUCUCAGGAAUGGAAGACAAACAGUUCUGCCAUCAUUGAUCGCAUAUUUGCCAGUGAAGGGGUGGUCAAUUCAGCCAUUCCAGCUUAUCACCUCAGAGACCUUAUCAAAAGCAUGCUUCAUUGUGACCAAGGAAAGCGAGCCUCUGCUGAGAAGGCUUUAUGCAGCCCAUUCUUCAGCAUUCCCUUUGCUCCCCAUAUCGAAGAUUUGGUGAUGCUCCCCACGCCUGUGCUGAGGCUGCUAAAUGUUCUAAGUGAUGCUUCUCUGCAGUGCGAAGAAGAAUAUGAAGAUAUCCUGGAAGACAUAAGGGAGGAGUGUCAGAAAUACGGACCGGUGGUUUCCUUGCUUAUUCCAAAGGAGAAUCCUGGUAAAGGCCAAGUCUUUGUUGAAUAUGCAAAUGCUGGUGAUUCCAAAGCUGCCCAAAAAAUGCUGACUGGAAAGAUUUUUGAUGGCAAGUUUGUUGUGGCUACGUUUUACCCACUGAGUGCCUAUAAGAGAGGAUAUCUGUACCAAAACUUGCUGUAGGCAGUAGCAACAAUCAGGAGAGUUGUCUUGUUCCUCUUCCUCACAUGUUUUACAGUUGAAUGUACAAAAGAGCUUCCUAGCCCUGCUUUUGAGUCAUCUGUGAAGGAGAGAUGCAAAGGACUUAACUGGGCUUUGAAACCUUUACUGCUGCUUUGUGAUGUGCAGAGGAGGCCGGGAUGGCUUUCAGCGUGUGCUUGUGUGUGUGUUGUGCUUGCUCGUUUACAUUGGGUGUGUGGCUUUGCCCCGGCGGGCACUUGGGUGGCAGGAGUGAUGACUGUGGGAGCCUGGGAGGCUGAGCAGAUCUUGGCAAGUGUUUUUAAGUCAUUUGAAGUGAGACCAUUUAAAGUCUUGGCCUUAGCACUUGACUUUGCUCUAGGGAGAGGAUUUCUUUGAUGAGCUUUCCUAUAACACAUGUGCUCUUCUUCAGUGUGGGGGAGGAUGAGGAAGGCUUGCCUGCUUUUUGUUGAUACCUGUAACAAAUAAAGAAGCAGAAGCACCAUCCUCUCUAAACUGGACCAGGAGGAGUUUUGAGUCUUCAUGUCAUGUAGAGCAGAGGGAGGCAGUGAAAUCAGAUCUGCUGAGCCUAAGGCGUUACCCUGUCACCGCUUCGCGACCUGAGAAGAGCCGUCCGUCUGGCCUGGCACAGACGGCAUGCUGGGCUUAGGCAGCGAGGUGUGGGUGAUGCUGCCUGCGGUGAGCUGAACUUGCUUGUAUACCUGGGGUGGGCAGGGACUGAUGGUUGGUUACAUGUUGUCAGAGCAGUACCAGCCUCAGUCCCGACACAACCUGUAAGCACUUUGUAGCCUGAGGUGAUGUGAAAACCCUGUCGUGUGGAGUCAUCUUUCUAGCAUAUACCCUGUGCUGGCACUGAUGCUCCCUAGCUCUGAUGCCAAAUCAUCUGUAAUACGUAAGCGUCUUUAGGUGAUAUUUUUGGAAAGGAGUGCUCCAGCACGCUGUAUUCUUUGUGUCUCAGCAGGACUCCUGCCCUGUGAGUCUUAUAAGAAAGAACAAGUAUUUGUCUGUUGUAGGUCCCACGCUUGGCUUUUCUGUGUUGUGCAUUUUGGUUUUGCAUUAACCCAUUAGACUUGUAGAUUAGAAGCACUGACACUUUUGGUCCUUCACAGGUUACACAAAGGGCCUGAGGCUAUCUGAGAUCCUGUAUGGAAAGGGCUCAGUCAGUCAUCAGACUUGACUGGCCAAGAGAAGGUCUUUUCCAGUGUCAGGGAUAACAGCCACAUGCUUUUGGGGGAAAAAAAAUACCUGGGCGAGCAGCAUCGCUGUUCCCCCCAGAGCAUGCUCUCUGCUCACGUGGCUUCAGUGCACAGGCAGAAGCUUGCUCACGCAGCUACUGGCAUGGGGUAGGCGGUGGCUGUUUCCCAGGGGUGUGCAAACCCAUACAGCCAGCGGAGCCUCUCCCUGCAGGGGUGGGCACUUUGCUCCUGGUGAGCACAGCGUGAAACAGCCCUACUGAGAGGGGGACCAGCGUAUUCUGGCUUGUGGCCCUGGUACCAGCUUUAGUGAGGAGGAGAACCCUCGUGAAUUCUUUUUCCAGCUGAAAUACUUGUGGGCAGCUGCCUGAACCAUCCCUGAACCAUCUCUGACCUUCCCUGGAAUAAUACCUGAAUUACCUUGCAGUUUACUUUUUGCAUCUUGCUGAUGCUGGACUUCCUGGAAUCCUGCACUCAAAAGUUCCUCUUGAUUAUCGCCCUGUGCGUGCAUGUGCGGUGUGUCAGCAGAUCAAUGUCUGUAGCAUUUCACGAGUCUGCGUUCCUCUCUGUGCUGGUGUAGAGUCCUGUCUACUGUGGCCCUUCCCAAACUCCCCCCGAAAGGACCAAUCUCUUUGAAUUUUUCUGUUGCCUUUGAGGUGGUAGGUUUUCCAGGAGGAAAAAAAAAAA